GCAUCCACCUUCCAUGUUGUUUGAUCAAACAUUCAGCAUCCAUAUUUCCUCAUUUUCCCUAUUUUCCCCCUUCCAAAUUGUGGGGAUGUUGGCGUCAUAAACCCUCUGGAAUAUUUUGAUAUCAGUUAGAUCAGAAGAAUUGCAUUUUGGACCACUUAAUUUCCAUCUUUCUUUGGAUUUAGCUAUUGAAGUGUUUUUUUUUUUCAAAUUCUUCUGCAAAUUGAGAAGUAAUAAUACUCGGAUUGGAGUCUAUGAUGUUGCCUAGAGCUGCAGCAUUAUCAUGCAUGGGUUUGAUGAAAAAUUAAAGGGGUAUUGAUCUGAUUCAAAUGUAAAGGGUGACUAGCCUUAAUCAAUUGUUAGUAAAUCAGCUAUUUUUACACAACGUCAGCGAACAACCAAGAAAACCGGGAGGUUGGCUUGCUACGGUUAUUAGUGGUGGAGAGGUGAAUGGACCACAACCAACACUCUGUUGUUUAUUAAUAGUAAAGAUAAAAGGUUGAGAAAAUGGCAAAUGAACAAAAUGCCCCUUGCGCUUUCCAUCUCUCUCUUUCAUCAUCCCUCGCCUCUACUCUCUCCAUCUUCAUCUCUUUUUUUUCUGGUCUGCAGAUCUGGCGGUACAACAGCCUUCUCCCCAGCCUAUGCUCCUCACCGGAGGAGGCUAAAUAUAUUGACUUGUAUAAGGUUUUCAUCUGCAAGUUGGAGUUGGAAGCCAAUGUGAAGUUGAGAGGCUUAGACAUACAGAAUAAAGUGGAUGGGGAAGAGAGCUCUGCUGUCAGGUGAAGCCUGGGGAAUCGUCUUCACUUUUUGAUCCAGCAGCAAAUGCAUAUGUUCCCGACUCAGCGAGGAGGUCUGCUUUGAUCUCCAGUCAAGAAUUUGAUUAAAAAACAUACAACUAGAAUCAGGUAUCAUUCUGCAGCACCCUACAUUGUGAUUUGCCUGGCAAAGGAUGUGUUCUCCAGGAUAAUGGUGGUUUAGCUUCUGGUUUACUUUAUUAUUUGGUGGAUUUUAUCAUCAUAAAUCAGUACAAUGGGGAAACACUCAGCUGAAUCAGGUACUAGUAUGCUCUUGCAUGGAGAUUUGGACAUACAGAUAGUGGAAGCAAAAUGUCUUCCCAAUAUGGAUCUUAUGACUGAAAGGAUGCGAAAAUGCUUCACUGGCUACGGCGCUUGUAGUACUGAGUGUGGGAAGUCUGAUCCACAUACAGACGUGAGGAAGAUCAUUACUAGUGAUCCAUAUGUUUCGGUUUGCCUCUCAGGAGCAACAGUGGCACAAACUCGAGUCAUUGCAAACUCAGAGAAUCCUAAAUGGGAUGAACAUUUUUAUGUUCAGGUUGCCCAUUCUGUUAGCAGAGUUGAGUUUCACGUAAAAGACAAUGAUGUUUUUGGAGCAGAACUUAUAGGCGUGGCUUCAGUACCAGUUGAAAACAUCACACCAGGUGAUACCGUCAGUGGUUGGUUUCCAAUAUCUGGUCAGUAUAGUAAUCCUAUGAAGGCAUCUCCUGAACUUCAUUUGUCUAUCCAGUACAAGCCAAUUGAGCAGAAUCCAUUGUACAAAGAUGGAGUUGGUUCUGACGGUUGUCAGAGUAUUGGUGUGCCAAAUGCUUAUUUUCCUCUUCGAAAGGGUGGUAUGGUCACUCUAUAUCAAGAUGCCCAUAUUCCUGAUGACUUUUGUCCUAAAAUUGAAAUUGAUGGUGGAAGAGUAUACGAACAAAAUAAAUGUUGGGAAGACAUUUGCCAUGCAAUUGCUGAGGCUCAUCACCUUAUUUAUAUAAUUGGUUGGUCGUUGUAUCACCCUGUCAAGCUGGUAAGGGAAUCAACAAAACCUGUGCCCAAUGGAAGCCCACCAACCCUUGGGGGGCUUUUGAAAACCAAGGUUCAGGAGGGGGUCCGUGUUAUUGUGUUACUUUGGGAUGACAAAACAUCACAUGACAAAUUUCUCUUGAAAACGGAUGGACUCAUGCAUACACAUGACGAGGAAGCUCGGAAGUUUUUCAGGCAUUCUGGUGUCCAUUGUGUGUUGGCUCCUCGCUACGCUAGCAACAAACUUAGCAUUUUUAAGCAACAGGUUGUAGGAACUUUGUUUACGCACCAUCAGAAAUGUGUCAUUGUUGACACCCAAGUCAUAGGGAACAAUAGAAAAAUAACUGCUUUUAUUGGUGGCCUAGACUUAUGUGAUGGCAGAUAUGAUACACCUGAACACAGGCUCUUCAAGGAUCUUGACACCGUCUUCAAGGAUGAUUUCCAUAAUCCCACAUUCCAAGUUAAUAAGUCUGGGCCUAGACAACCAUGGCAUGAUUUACAUUGCAAGAUUGAGGGUCCAGCUGCCUAUGAUAUACUUACAAACUUUGAACAGAGAUGGAGAAAAUCUGCAAAAUGGAAAGUCAGCGUUAGAAGAGCUGUAAGUUGGCACCAUGAUACCUUGGUAAAAAUAAACCGGAUGUCGUGGAUUGUCUCCCCCUCUGCAGAUGAGUUAAAUGCACGUGUUUGUGAACAAGAUGAUCCAGAAAACUGGCAUGUACAGAUAUUCCGGUCCAUUGAUUCAGGAUCAGUAAAAGGGUUCCCUAAACUUGUUCAGGAGGCUGAGUCACAGAAUCUUGUCUGCGCGAAAAAUCUGCAGAUAGACAAGAGCAUACAUAAUGCAUAUGUGAAAGCUAUCAGAUCUGCACAACACUAUAUCUACAUUGAAAAUCAAUAUUUUAUUGGAUCUUCAUACUACUGGUCUUCAAAUAGAAGUGCAGGUGCAGAGAAUUUGAUACCGAUCGAAUUGGCCAUAAAGAUUGCAAGAAAGAUUAAAGCUAGGGAAAGAUUUGCAGCUUACAUUGUUAUACCAAUGUGGCCCGAGGGUAAUCCAACAACUGCUGCUAUGCAGGAGAUCCUCUUUUGGCAGGGACAAACAAUGUCCAUGAUGUACAAGAUUGUCGCAGAAGCACUACAGAAGGAGGGGUUAGAUGAUACGCAUCCACAGGAUUACCUUAACUUCUACUGUCUUGGUAAGCGUGAAGUCUCAAAUGACGUAUCUACAACAAGCCAAUCCAAUGAGAAUUCCCCACAGCGCCUGGUCCAAAAGUUCAAGCGAUUCAUGAUCUACGUGCACUCCAAGGGGAUGAUUGUCGAUGAUGAGUAUGUGCUCAUAGGAUCAGCCAACAUAAAUCAGAGGUCCAUGGAUGGCUCAAGGGACACCGAGAUCGCUAUGGGCGCCUACCAGCCUCACUACAGCUGGGCAGGACGCAAGAAAGCUCCACGAGGACAGGUGUACGGGUACAGGAUGUCGCUGUGGGCGGAGCACCUGGGUACAGUGGAGGAGUGCUUCCGUUGGCCUCAUUCCGUGGAGUGCGUCCGGCAGGUGAAUGAAAUGGCAGAAGAGAACUGGGCGCGCUACGUAUCACCGGAGAUGGUGAACAUGCGGGGGCACCUCAUGAGGUACCCCAUCAAUGUUGAACGGGAUGGUAGGGUUGGUCCGGUGCAUGGGUACGAGUGCUUCCCGGAUGUCGGUGGCAAGGUGCUCGGCACACACUCUUCUCUUCCAAAUGCAUUGACAACUUGAAUUGGCUGGAGCAUGAACGAGCUAGAUGUGGCAACUACCACUAAUACUUUGAAAAGAAUCAUUUUGGGGCGUGAAGCUUUUUGUUUGUACAUGAAAGAGAGACUGCUUGAUACCAGUUCCACACAUUGCUGUUAUAGAGUACUGCAGUUCGACUGCUGCAUAUGCAGUAUGUAUAAUAGGAUUUCAAUUAUAAUCAUCUCUGGCUGGAUGCAAAUACAUCUGUUCUUGCAUUUAGUUUGUUGUAAAAGGCACCUUCCCUUUAUUCAGACAGUCGGUUAGCCUUAAAAACAAAAUUCUUGGUGGCACA